ACAUUUGAACUACCAGGCGUUGUACCUGCUAAUUUCUUUUAAUUGAUCUUUUUAUAAAUUAUUUUUAUUAAAUGAGCUAUGUUGAGUGUGUGUUAGUAUGGAUCAAACUAAUUAAAUAUCUAUAUUUAUAAUGUUGAUCAAUAUGAAAGUGAGAAUUUUGACAAUAUAUUCUAUCAGUAAAAGGCCAAACCAAAAAGUGUAAUUAUUGUGAUUGAAAUAAAAUGAAACAUAUUAAAAAUGUUUCAGUUUUAAUUAAAUAAAUAGUAAUAAAAUUUAUAUAUAAUUUUCACAUAUAAAUAUGGAUCCUGAGGAAUUAAAUUUAUAUCAACAACAGUUGAUUCAGAUAAAUAACGCACUAUGUUCUUGCUCAGAAGGGCCAGAAAAGGAGGAACUACUCACGUUAAAAGCCAACAUUGAAGAAUUGCUAGAACUCACUACCCAGGACAGCAGCGAAAAAUUAAACACUUGUGGUACUAACAGCAUUGAUGAUGAAUUCGCUGCGUUUAUGGAGGAAAUGGAAAAAGAAGGAGCAGUGGAGACUAAAAAAUAAUAAGGACACAAGCAAAUGUAAUAAACAAAUUAAUUUAGAAGAGAUUGAAGGAAAGAAAUGUAGAGCUCCACAUCACCAUCAUUGGGGCAAUGUUACCUAUCACAAUGCUAUGAUUUGUUCAGUGGUCUCUAACGAAAAUGAAGAACUUAAGGUAAGGGUCCUUUUUAUAAAUCCCACCCAUCAAGAAAUGCUACCGUGUCCAUUCUACUACAACUCAGAUUGUAAAUUCUCAGAGGAACAGUGCAAAUUUUCUCACGGAGAAAUAGUACCCUAUUCAAGUCUUCAGGAAUAUGUAGAACCAAAUUUUGACCAGCUGGAAGUUGGUAAUUCAGUACUGGCAAAACAAAAUAAUAACUUAUGGUAUAGAGCACAUAUUAAGAGUAUACAUGCAGAUAAAUGUCUAGUUAAAUUUGAUAAUAAUCGAAAGGAACAAGAAGUGAAUUUAGAACAUAUUUGUCCAUUGGAAAAUUGUAAUGGAAGUAGUGAUGAUGAAAAUGAUGGAAUGAUACUGACGAUAAUGAUAAUUUAGAAGCCGAAAAUAAUCAGGAAGAUAUUAUCAAUAUGAGCCUGACUGUUAAACCAAUGGAUCAGAGAAUGGGUGAUUGGGAAAAACACACAAAGGGCAUGGGCUCAAAACUAAUGAUGAAAAUGGGAUACAUCAUAGGAACUGGUUUAGGAAAACGUGCAGAAGGUAUAAUCAAUCCUGUCAGUGCUGUUAUAUUUCCCACAGGAAAAUCUAUAGAUUAUUGCAUGAAUCUCAGGGAACGAUCAGGAGGUGACAAAGAUCUCUUCAGCGUUGAGCGAAAAAUGAAACGUAUCCAACGAAAACAAGAAAAUCAAAGCAGAAAAGCUUAUGAAAGAGAUAAGAAAAAAGAAGACCUUUUUACAUUUAUCAACAAAACCGUUCAGGCAACUGGCAGCCAAAACGAUAAAUUAGAAACCAGACAAGACAUAAAGAAAGGAUCAUCUAGAGACUUAAAUAUUAGGAGUAUGACUAUACAAGAGGACAUACGAAAAGCUGAAAGGGAGCUGGACCAAUUACAAAGCUCUCUAGCACGACAUACUGACCAAACAUCUGAAAUACACAAGAAAAUACGAGACAAAAUCACUCGGUUAUUAGCGGAACUUACAAAUUUACAAAAACAGGCACAAAUGAUUAAAAAUGAACAGGGUAUAAGAGAAAACAAGAAGAAACUGACAGUAUUUUAAAUUUUAGAGAUGGAUUUGAGUAAGUAAACAUAAAAGUGGUUUUUAAGAGUUUAUUACAAACAGAAAACAAAUCCGUUUUUUUAUAAGUUAAAGAGUAUACAUUAAAAUGUAAUAAAUUAUUAUUUAUAACUAUGAACAUUUGUCUUUUAAAAGCCUUUCUUUGUUCUUAAUGGCAGAAUUGAGUCUUUUGCGUAGUUGAAUGCUGUUAGCAAACCGACCUUCUUUUUUCUUUUGGAGAAGUAAUUCGAUACAACGUCCGUAUCUAAAAAAAAUUAAUAUAUUAAAAGUAAUACACCUCUUAAAAAUUUAAUGUAACGCCUAUUUUGCGCUAAUAUAUCAAAUUUUUCCAUCACGUGACGAAAAUUGAAAUACAAAUUUAUACAAUUUU